UGUGUAUCCAGGUAACGGAGGUGACUGCAGGCUAAAGCUUGUAGGACAGAACACACCCUCUGCACAUUCAUUACAAAAACACAGCGGAGACGCAGCGCCGAGAGACCUCAGUCCUCAGAAAUGGCAGAAGAAGAGGCGUUCUCUGCUGGUGAGGGUCAGUCAGCACGCGGUGGCCUUGCUGCGCCCUCUGCAGGCAGCCACGUGGUACUGAGCUUCACCCCACUGGACCCCAACAGCGAUGGCGUUCAGCCUUUCCCACGUUCUCCAAAACUACAGAGGAAGAUCGCCAAUGCUGCACAGCCCACUCGGGAGCAGCUGGUCAGCCGUCUGGAGAAGCUGCAGGCCGAGAUGUCCAGGACUGGGGCUCACAUCCAGUCCCUGAAGAAACGCAAGGCCAAUCUCUCUAAGAGCACCGAGGGGAUGAAGCAGCAGGUUCGAGAGGACUUCGAGAACAUGCGAUUCGUCCUGAAGCAGGACGAGCAGGCCGUCCAGGAAUACCUGGAGCUGGACCUGAGGCAGACCCGAAGCAGACUGGACCAGGUUCUGAAGAACUGGAAACACCACCAGGACCAGGUCACCAAGAGCAUCGGCAGCAUCCAGAGAGCACUGAGCACCAGCCCGGCGGCGGAGGAAGACAGGAAGCUCAAGGGUCAGUCUGACCAUCUGAGUCACAAGAAGCCGGAUGCCUCUGAGAAGGAUAUCCGACUAAACGAAGAGCGUUUUGAAAGGCUCCUAAAAACAUUGUCCUCCAUCUCCAAGCAGCUGAAAGCUCAGCUUCAGAGGAAGGCUCUCCUGUUAGAUUCAUCCCCCAUGAUGAUAGACAGGCAGACUUGCAAUAGCCAGAUCGCAGUGACCUCAGAGGGGCGGGGCAUGUCUUUCUCCAGCACCGCGCGCUCAACUCAAGAGCAUCCCCUCCAAUUUGACAAGGUGUGCUGCGCUCUGGGCUUGACUCCCAUCACAGCCGGGCAGCGUUACUGGGAGGUGGAUGUCCGCUGCUGCGCCGGGUGGGCUGUGGGCGCCGCCUACGGCAGCCUGGAAAGGAAGGGCCGAGACAAGGCCACCAAACUGGGCCGCAACAGGAACUCCUGGUGCGUGGAGCUACGCAGCGGCCAUCUUUCUGCCUGGCACAAUGACCGGCACGUGGCAUGCCACGGCGUCGGGCAGACGCCGCCGGCUAAGGUGGGCGUGUGGGUGAGCUACGACAAGGGCCAGCUGGUGUUCUAUGAUGCAGACACCAUGGCCACGCUGCAGAGGUUCUCAGCCGCUGUGAUGCCGUUGUUCGACCGGUCUCAUCACCAGUUCACGGAGCCUCUGUACCCUGCCUUACGCUUCCUGAGACCACCCGAGAACCAGAUGUGGCCGAAUCACCUGGAGCUCAGUCACAGCCCACACACAGUGAUGGGAUUCUCCUCCAUGUAGUGGCUGUACAGUAGAGAACAUCAAAGCAA